AUGGCUAACCGAGUAUAUAUAUAUAUAUUCUUCUCAGCCCAGUUACACUGGUUGGUAGUUGCACAGGAUAUCAAUAACAACGAUGGAUUUUCUCCCCAUCAGAAGCCUCGUACAGUCUUACCACAAUUUUACCUGACAUUUGAUAAAUACUACCGCAUGACACAACCACUGGCUCAUAUUAUCACGGCUGAGAGUAGGGUAACAACAGUACGUCGAGUAACCAAGAUAUACAAGGGAAACUGGGUUCUUAUAAUCAUGAUCACUAGACUUUUACCAAAACAAGAAGCUUGCAUUAGAUGUAAUAAUAUGCGUCAAGUAUAUGCAUCGGGAAUGCAAAAUUAA